UCCGUCGUUUUUGUGCUGUUCAUUUGCGAAUCGCCGAAGCUGAAGAGGGAGAGAAUCAAGAAUGCUAAAGAAAGGUUCUUGGAAAUCGGUGAACAGGAAGCCUCUUGGCGAUAUCUCGAAUGGCGGAAGGCCAUCGAGAGAUGGCAAGAAGAAGAUUCAGUUGGAUCGAGACGACGACGGCGGCUAUUUUGAUCGCCUCAUUCUGGUUCGAUCGACACUCUCCGCUCUCGUUAACCAGAUUGAUGAAAUUUUGGCUCAAUCAUCAGAGCAAGACAUGAAGAGUAAAACAACAAAUGAGGAAAUUGAUUCCUUGAGCAAUCUUUUAUCUGAAAUGCAUUCAUCCCUUAAGCCAUGGAUUUUGAGGCUCAGUCAAUCACAGACCACAAGUAAAACUGAAGUUCAGGUUUGUAAAUCUCUACAAAGGAGUCAUAAUUCCACACAUGCAGAGAGAAGAAACAUUUUGCCGAGAAUAAAAGAUGAAGAAACUAAGUUGGACAUGAUCAUCUCUCCUUCUCCGUUAGUCGCCUGGCGUGCCGGUGGCUGUAAAUUAGUGACUGAAAAACAACUUUUUUUAUUGACACCAUUGUCAAGGAAGGAAAAACUCUUCCAGUGCUCUGGCUCAUUCAAAAUUAAGGCCAGAAAUCUAUGCUUGAAGGAUGAUACUUCACAAACUAUUAUUAGGAAUUCAGAUACUGUUUCUGCGACAGUUGAGGAAUUUGUUGGCUCAAAGCCUGGUACUGUUGAAGAGAACAGUAUGGGUAAAACCAGACUGAAAAACCAAUCUGAAGCUUAUCAGAAAAAUAAAUCAAACAGGAGAAGAGAUGCAGAUGAGGAGGCAUUAGAAUGGUUCUUGUCACCACCAAAAACCUGCACUCUAAUGGAUCCAAAUCAUCGCACAAACCCUUCAGUAAUGGAAGAUGAGAGCUUGACUGGCAGGAAUUGUAACUUGCCUGAAUGUUUUCAAGAGAGCAAAAAGCCUGAUGACCACCAGAUCCAUGAGUUGCAGCUCUGUAAUUUCUCAGGCAAAAAUGAUUUUGAUGAAAAAUUAGAAUGGUUCUUGUCACCACCAAAGACUUGUACUCUAAUGAAUCCAUUAAUGGAUGGGAAGAUACCAUGGACGCCAGGUAUGGCGGAUGACUCCAUACUUAGAAGCCGACGAGCUGGGGAGACCACACUCAAGAAGGAGCUCUGGACUAAGUUUCAGGCUGUUUCUAUGGGUAGAAUUUUUUACAGAGAUUCAGUACUGCAGAAAACAGGAAAGAAAGGCUUUAUGGAUAUGCUAGAAGAGGCUACCUAGUUGUUGCAGCAAGCCUGAUUACAGUCUGCUGUAUGUUGGUGGUUUUGGCUUCGUUUGGGACGGCUUUCUUUCUGCUUUCUAAAGCAGCUUAUUAGUAUAAAAAUUAAAACUUUAUACUAAGAAGCUGCUUUAAGAAGCAAUAAGAAAGCCAUCUCAAACAAAGCCUUUAUAAAUUUAAAGUUGCUUCUUGGUGGCAAAAGCUACUUGAAAUCAUUGAUUGAUUACUUCUGUUUCUGAAUAGGAAACUAUACUUGAAGAUCUAUGAAGAAAAUCAAAUCUUCCUUUGGCA